UGGAUGUGCCUCGCACGGGGCAACGCAUCGAUCAGCAGCAGCUGUUCCGCGCCAACUGCUGAUGGUACCGACAUCAUCAGACCAGCAUCCGCAUCAGCCACACUCAUGCUCGUCACCUGCUCCAACAAGCUUCGUCGUUCCCCCUCAUCCUUCCUUCGACGCUUCAGCAGAGCCGAGCGCUACCUCUUCCUAUCCUUCACAAAGCUUUCGCCGGAAUCUCUUACUUACAAUCGCACCCCCGCUUCGCUCAAAAUGGCCACGGUGGACAUUCCCGUGACGCUGCUGGACAAGCUCAAGUCGUUCAGGAUGGGCAAGAGCAAUGCGGGAGCGGCAGCUUUGGUGGUCAAGAUUGACAAGAAAAAGUUGCAGAUGGAGAUGGAGGAAGAGUUUGAUGAUAUUGGGAUUGAAGAGUUGCAAGAAGAGCUACCCGAAAACUCGCCUCGCUUCAUCGUGCUCUCCUACGAGCUCAAACAUCGGGAUGGGCGAACCUCAUAUCCUCUGAUCAUCCUGUAUUGGGCACCACCUACCUCUUCGACUGAAUUAUCGACCUUGUACGCUUCCGCCAUUUCUCUCUUCAGCGUCAAAGCGGACAUUGCCAAGGUCGUGGAGCUGAGGGAAGGGACGCUGGAUAGAGAGGAGAUUGACAAGAAGCUUGGUGCAUGAGAGCUGGGCAGAGCGCACAAUAGAUACUUGGUGCGCAUACACGGAGUGAGCAAGCCUGGUGGGAGCUUUGCGCGCUGCAACAUGAAGCUACGAGUCGAGGUGUCGGUGCGGCCGUCUGUCUAGGUGAUACGCAUAUGGACCCGAUCCAUCUUCGGGAAAGCAGUGAUUGCGGUCUCAUCUUCGCAUGUGGACCUAAUCACGGCGGCAUGGGCAUCGAUGAGCAGAUCCAUCGG